UGGAUGAUACAGUGGUUGCUAUUCCCUAUGGAAGCAGACAAGUUCGCCUCGUGCUGAAAGGACCUGAUCAUUUAUAUUUGGAAACCAAGACUCUCCAAGGUGUGAAGAGUGAAAACAGCCUCAGCAUCACAGGCUCCUUCCUUGUAGAAAAUUCUAGCAUUGACUUCCAGAAGUUUCCUGACAAGGAGAUCUUAAGAAUAUCUGGGCCUCUCACUGCGGACUUUACUAUCAAGAUCCGUUAUGCUGGUGCUUCUGACAGUUCAGUUCAGUUCAUCUUCUAUCAGCCUAUCAUUCACCGAUGGAGGGAAACUGAUUUUUUCCCUUGUUCAGCAUCCUGUGGAGGAGGUUAUCAACUGACAUCUGCUGAGUGUUUUGAUCUGAGAAGCAACCGGGUAGUAGCAGAUCAAUACUGCCACUAUUAUCCUGAAAAUAUCAAGCCAAAGCCAAAACUUCAAGAGUGUAAUCUGGAUCCUUGUCCUGCAAGUGAUGGAUACAAGCAGAUCAUGCCCUAUGACCUCUACCAUCCCCUUCCUCGAUGGGAAAGUACACCCUGGACUGCCUGCUCCUCAUCCUGUGGAGGAGGCAUUCAAAGCCGCAGCGUCUCGUGUGUGGAGGAAGACAUUCAGGGACAUAUCAGCCCUGUGGAUGAAUGGAAAUGCAUGUAUACUCCAAAGAUGCCUGUUGUCCAACCUUGCAAUAUAUUUGACUGCCCAAAGUGGCUUGCCCAGGAAUGGUCUCCGUGCACUGUUACCUGUGGACAAGGGCUCAGAUACCGUGUGGUCCUUUGCAUUGAUCACAGGGGGAUGCAUACUGGAGGCUGUAGUUCUAAAACAAAGCCACACAUAAAAGAAGAAUGCAUUGUGCCCACUCCUUGCUACAAACCCAAAGAGAAACUCCCUGUGGAAGCAAAGUUGCCAUGGUAUAAGCAGGCUCAAGAGCUGGAGGAAGGAGCAGCAGUAUCAGAAGAACCAUCAUUUAUUCCUGAGGCUUGGUCUGCAUGCAGUGUCACCUGUGGAGUAGGUAGCCAGGUGCGGCUUGUGAAAUGCCAAGUGCUCCUCUCCUUCUCUCAGUCUGUGGCUGACUUGCCCAUCGACGAAUGUGAAGGUCCUAAGCCUGUGUCUCAGAGAGUCUGUUACAGUGGUCCUUGCAGUGGGGAGGGGACUGAAUAUACCCCAGAGGAGACAGAGCUCCUGUAUGGCAGCUUGCAGGAGUUCGAUGAGCUCUAUGACUGGGAAUAUGAAGGCUUCACGGAGUGUUCAGAGUCCUGUGGAGGAGGUGUCCAGGAGGCUGUGGUGACCUGUCUGAACAAACAAACCAGGGAGGCUGCAGACGAGACGCUGUGUGUAACCAGCCGCCGUCCUCCACAGCUGCUGAAAGCCUGUAGCCUAGACCCCUGCCCACCAAG